CUGCUGCGCUUUCUCCUCAUCCAGCAGAUACAGAGCUGAGAAGAUGAGCCACAGUCCACAGUUCCAGCGCUUGAUGGAUGAAGGUACUAAGGGGUUCAGCAUGAUGGACAUGGACACAGGGCACAGCGCGUCACGGAAAGAUCGUGUCCACGGCAAGCUCAGUUUCAUCCUUCUGGCAUGCGGAGUGCUCGUCAUCUCUGUCCUGUUUGUUAUGAUUUUUGUCAUAUUUGACUUUCAGGAGAGGAAGUUUGCGGAGUUGGAGCGUUCCGUAAUGAGCCACAAUUCCUCACUCAACACCAUUCAUUCUGAACUGAAAGGCAAACUGCCGGACACAGGACCCCAAAUGAAGAUGCUGUCCGACGUUCAGACUUCGGUGAACAACCUGGGCUCCUUACUCGGCUCCCUUUCUUCCAAACAGCAGGACGGAGCUGGUCAGCAGGACGGUCAGUGCAGAGAGCUGAAGGGCGUCCUGGAACAUCUAAAUACCUCUUUGACGGAGCUGACAGCCAAACUACAGGAUACUGUCACGCGGCAGGAUGUGAAGCUGACUGAAAUUGGGGAUUCUCUGACUGCUGUGAAUUCAUUACUGGCUUCGUUAGAAUCAGAGCAGCAGAAACGAGCGCAGGACUCUGAUCAGAGGGUGAUGGCAGCUCUGAGUGAAAUAAAGGCUAAAGUAGAGAGCAGCAGUAAAGCAGCAGAAGAAUCUAAGAAUGGGACGUUGACUGAGGUGGUGAAACUGUCUUCUUCUGUAGAGUCUCUGUCCUCUAAGCUGCAGAGCACAGAUCAGAAAGUGAUGGCUACUCUGAGUAAUAUGAAGACCAAACUGGAGAGCAGCGGUAAAAUAGCAGUUUUUGCCCAAGAGUCUCAGAACAGGACGUUGGCUGAGGUGGUGAAACUGUCUUCUUCUGUAGAGUCUCUGUCCUCUAAGCUACAGAGCACAGAUCAGAAAGUGAUGGCUGCUCUGAGUGAAAUGAAGGCUAAACUGGAGAGCUGCAGUAAAACAGCAGAAGGAGGAUCGACCUGUAAGCCUGGAUGGACUCCUCAGGGCUGCAAGUGUUACUUUUUCUCUACUGACAAACUGAACUGGCACCAGGCACGAGAUUACUGCAGGUCCCAGAGUGCCUCAUUGCUCAAACUGGAAACCAAAGAUGAAUGGGUGUUUGUAACUGCCAGGACUACGUUGCAACACUACUGGGUUGGUCUCACAGAUGAAGACACAGGGCAGUGGAGAUGGACCGAUGGAACGCCUUACGUCAUGAAUAAAGAUGACUGGGAAGUCGGGCAGCCGGACGACUGGAAGAAUCAUGGUCUGGGAGAGGAGGGAGAAGACUGUGGGCAUCUAAAGGCGGCUGGGAAGUUUAACGACGCCCACUGCUCUAAUUCAAUGAAGUACAUCUGCAAGGCGUAGAUCACACUGCAUCAACUGACUGAUGCUGGAUGUUCAGGACCGAAAUCCAUGUUAGCAAAAAAAUAAAAGUACUUUCAUUAACAAAACUAAA